AUGGCUGAGCUGAGAGCAUGCGUCGAUGGAAAAGCAGGUACAUCCAUCGGAAAUGCUCCUACUACGAUGCGCGACGUGUUCGACUGUAUAAAGAUAAAAAAAGGAGUCAUACCCGAAGAGGAUCUAGUGCAAAUCAUCAUCGACAACAUGGGUGAUGCAAGCAACACAAGUGCGAUGCGUUAUUCAGCCAACAACAAAGGGGAGCUGAAAACAAUGUUAGGGAAAUAUGAACAAAUACGCAUGUUGAAAGCAUCUGGUUCUUCUACACGCGUCAAAUCCCAACAAGCUGCCACCACCAGUCCAGAAGUCACUGCCUCAGAAACCCGUUGUUUCAACUGUUCGGCUUUUGGUCAUUUGCGUGACAAGUGCCCAAAGCCCCCUCGUCCACCAUGGUCCUGUUUCCGAUGCUUCCAAACUAGUCAUCCGUACAAAGAUUGUCCAGAACGGAAGAAAACUUCGACUGCUGCAGUCUUCGCAGCUGAUACGGAUGCAGUUACGAAACUGCAAGAUACACAGGAGGAAGUCCAGCAAGCUUCAUUGAUGAAUCAUUGGUCCCUAGAUCAUGUUUAA